UGUUGUGUGAUGAUUGUGACAACAUGAGAGAAUACCAAUUUGAGUUUUACCAAAUGUUUUUUGAGUUACUGAACCUUUGCCUUUUAGUCUGAUAUGUGUCUCUUCUCAGGUGCACAAAUUCCAGCUCCCGUUGGCUAAUCUCCAGGACUCUACUUUACUACACACACUCUUUUCCUGUUUUUCCUUGAUGAGACAGUGGACCCCAGGCAUACUACAAAGCAAUUAUGAUAAAGAAUUCGCCUUCCCCUGCACCAGUGUUUAUCCGGAUCAGUGACCGGGACCUGACCGAAAUUGAACUACAUUCCGUGGAGUCAAUUAAUGACCUGCAUCGCACCCACACGGAACAGCCCCCUAAAGGGAGCAGGCAGCCCCGCCCCCAGGCCCCCUCUACCAAUGGGAAUCUUCAAAUACAUGACAUGCCAGUUGUCUAUCAGACAGGGUAUUCCAUGAGAAGAAGCUGGUAUAGACAGCUUCGUGGUUUUUGCGCAUCAACAGUGUGUCGGUAUUCCUGGGGGUGUGUGGCAGUCACCCUGAUGCUGCUGACACUUCUGCUCAUCAUCUACUUCUUAGUCCAGCAGGGCAGCGCUCUACAUUUGCUCUCUCAGGUGGUGAGGGACAAGGAAGCCGCCAACCUGGAGAUCUCUCUGCUCAUUCAGGAGCUGCAGGACUUGCGCAAAAACCUGACCAUCAUCCGGGGGAGCAAGGGAGACUAAGGGGGAGUAUCAGACACGGGUCUCCGACAGAACUCUCCGGAAGCCCUGCCAGGGGUCUAAAGACUGGGACUGUUUGCACAGACACUGACAUACUCACCACUGCUUCAACACAACAUCCUCCUUUGCAUCCUUUAUUUGGAUUAUUUCAUUCAAAGCAUAUAUUCAGAAGA